CUGCUUUCUGUUGAGGGAGGGGCCGGCCGGGGAAGUAGGCCGGCUCGGGGGCAGCGGGCAGGGCCUGGAGAUGCGGCAGCGACUCUCCCGGCUUAUUGCUCUGCGGGCCUCCCUGCGGCCACUUCCCUUAGCGCGCCGGCUUUUCCUGAGACAGGAGCAGCACCUCUUCCUUUCAGGGUGUGAAGUGGUCACAGAGGGCCAUAUGUCUUAAAAUGUUAGAUAGGAACCAAUUGAAGUAACCAGCUCAACAGUGUGUCUCCUCAUAAAUACUUCCUGUGUUACAGUGCCAACUGAUUCAUUGUUGUCUAACAGGAAAUAUAAAGGAUUCCGCAAGAAAUAUACUACAAAAUGAAUGAUCUUGCUAUCAAAAGAAUAACAAAUGCAAUUAUCAAAUCACCUGAAGAUAAACGAGAAUAUCGUGGAUUAGAACUGGCAAAUGGCAUCAAAGCAGUGCUUAUCAGUGAUCCCACUACAGACAAAUCUUCAGCUACACUUGAUGUACACAUAGGAUCAUUAUCUGAUCCCAUUAAUAUUCCUGGAUUAAGCCAUUUUUGUGAACAUAUGCUAUUUUUGGGAACUAAAAAAUUCCCAAAAGAAAAUGAGUACAGCCAAUUUCUCAGUGAACAUGGAGGGAGUUCAAAUGCUUUUACCAGUGGAGAACACACCAACUACUAUUUUGAUGUCUCACAUGAACACUUAGAAGGUGCUCUUGACAGGUUUGCCCAGUUUUUCUUGUGCCCUCUCUUUGAUGAAAGUUGCAAAGAUAGAGAAGUGAAUGCUGUUGAUUCUGAGCAUGAGAAGAAUUUAAUGAACGAUUCAUGGAGACUAUUUCAACUAGAAAAGGCUACUGGAAAUCCUAAUCAUCCCUUUAGCAAAUUUGGGACAGGGAACAAGUACACUUUGGAAACUAGACCAAACCAAGAAGGAAUAGAUGUAAGGCAAGAGCUUUUGAAGUUUCACUCCACCUACUAUUCAUCAAAUUUAAUGGCUGUUUGUGUUUUAGGACGGGAAUCUUUAGAUGAGCUAACCAAUCUGGUGGUGAAGUUAUUUUCUGAAGUAAAGAAUAAAAAUGUUCCAAUACCGGAAUUCCCUGAGCAUCCCUUCCAGGAAGAACAUCUCCGACAACUUUACAAGGUGGUACCUAUUAAAGAUUUUAGAAAUCUAUAUGUCACAUUUCCAAUACCAGAUCUUCAGAAGUACUACAAAUCAAACCCUGGCCACUAUCUUGGUCACCUUAUUGGGCAUGAAGGUCCAGGAAGUCUUUUAUCAGAACUGAAAGCUAAAGGCUGGGUAAGCACACUGGUUGGUGGACAAAAAGAAGGCGCUCGAGGCUUCAUGUUUUUUAUCAUCAAUGUUGAUCUUACUGAAGAAGGACUGUUACAUGUGGAAGAUAUUAUUUUGCAUAUGUUUCAAUAUAUUCAAAAGCUACGCACAGAAGGACCUCAAGAAUGGGUUUUUCAGGAAUGUAAGGAUCUAAAUGCUGUAGCAUUCAGAUUUAAAGACAAAGAAAGACCAAGAGGUUAUACAUCAAAACUUGCAGGGAUGCUUCAUUACUAUCCUAUUGAAGAAGUUCUUGCUGCUGAAUAUUUACUUGAAGAAUUUAGACCAGAUUUAAUAGAAAUGGUUUUGGACAAACUGAAACCUGAAAAUGUCCGGGUUGCAAUUGUCUCUAAGACAUUUGAAGGAAAAACUGAUAAAAAAGAACGGUGGUAUGGAACCCAGUACAAGCAAGAAAAUAUUUCUGAUGAAGUCAUUAAGAAAUGGCAAAAUGCUGAUCUUAAUGGGAAAUUCAAGCUUCCAAUGAAAAAUGAAUUUAUUCCUACUAACUUUGAAAUUGUAUCUUUGGAGAAGGAUACACCACAGUACCCAACUCUAAUUAAGGAUACUGCUAUGUGCAAACUGUGGUUCAAGCAAGAUGACAAAUUUUUCCUUCCUAAAGCUUGUCUCAACUUUGAAUUUUUCAGCCCAUUUGCUUAUGUGGAUCCCUUACAUUGUAACAUGGCCUAUUUGUACCUUGAACUACUCAAAGACUCCCUCAACGAGUAUGCAUAUGCAGCAGAACUAGCUGACUUGAACUAUGCUCUCCAAAAUACCAUCUAUGGGAUGUAUCUUUCUGUAAAAGGUUAUAAUGACAAGCAACAUAUUCUGCUGAAGAAGAUUAUUGAGAAAAUGGCUACCUUUGAGAUUGAUGAAAAGCGAUUUGAAAUUAUCAAGGAGGCGUAUAUGCGAUCACUCAACAACUUUCGAGCUGAACAGCCACAUGAGCAUGCAAUGUAUUACCUUCAGCUCUUAAUGACAGAAGUUGCCUGGACCAAAAAUGAAUUAAAAGAAGCUUUAGAUGAUGUCACUCUUCCUCGCCUCAAGGCUUUUAUUUCACAACUGUUGUCACGCUUACAUAUUGAAGCACUUCUCCAUGGCAAUAUAACAAAACAGGCUGCAUUAGGAAUUAUGCAAAUGGUUGAAGAUACACUCAUUGAGCAUGCUCAUACAAAACCUCUCCUUCCCAGCCAGUUAGUAAGAUAUAGGGAAGUACAGCUGCCUGAUAGAGGAUGGUUCGUCUAUCAGCAGAGGAAUGAAGUUCAUAAUAAUUGUGGGAUAGAAGUAUAUUAUCAAACAGAUAUGCAAAGCACUUCAGAGAAUAUGUUUUUGGAGCUCUUCUGUCAAAUUAUCUCAGAGCCUUGCUUUAAUACUCUGCGCACUAAGGAACAAUUAGGUUACAUUGUGUUCAGUGGUCCACGGAGGGCGAAUGGUGUUCAAGGUCUGCGGUUCAUCAUCCAAUCAGAAAAGCCCCCACAUUACUUAGAGAGCAGAGUGGAAGCCUUUUUAAAAACUAUGGAGAAAUCUCUAGAAGAUAUGUCUGAAGAAGCUUUCCACAAACAUAUCCAAGCUUUAGCAAUUCGCCGCCUUGACAAACCAAAGAAACUAUCUGCUGAGUGUGCAAAAUAUUGGGAUGAAAUCAUUUCCCAGCAAUAUAACUUCGAUAGAGAUAACAUUGAAGUGGGAUAUCUCAAAACUCUUACUAAGGAUGAUAUAGUGCAGUUUUAUAAGGAAAUGUUGGCAGUAGAUGCCCAAAGAAGGCACAAAAUAUCGGUCCAUGUACUAGCAAGGGAAAUGAAUUCCUGUCCUGUUGUAGGAGAGUUUCCAAGCCAAAAUGAUAUAAGUCUAACACCAGCACCACCAUUGCCACAGCCAGUUGUGAUUGAAAACAUGACUGAGUUCAAACGCAGCCUACCACUUUUUCCUCUGGUGAAACCUCAUAUCAAUUUCAUGGCCGCAAAACUGUGAAGAAUCUUGCUGGAUGAAGAACUGGAAGGGGAUUAAUAUGCCUUCGGUGGCUUUUCAUAAUGAACAAAGAUCUUAAUCUUUAGGACAAGUGAUCCAGGAUUCCUGAUUCCUUCUAGGUUCAUCCAGCAUCAGUGCUGCAAUAGGGAUACAGCAAGUUAAGCAAGUAUGCUGUAGUCAUGUGUUAUGUUUGUCAUAGAGCCACUACCAGAAACUAAAAUUAAGUGGUAUAUAUGAAGAUCUGUGUAGGUAAAUGGUAUAUUUUAAAAUAAUGUGGCCCUUUAAUAGUUUAGUUUGCAUGGAUUGUGAAGAAGUUUCUAUACCAGUCUGAUCUUUGCUUGCAAAUUAUUGCUUUUUUUUAAGAUCAACUGUUUUGGAAGCAUAUUUUGUUGAACAAGAAAGAAAAUAUUAUUAAAAGGCCAUAUUGAUGUUUUUAAAGGAAGCAUGGAGUGAUAACUUUUUUUAAAAAAAUAGAUUCUUGGAAGCAGCCAUUUAGAUUCUAUGUAAAAAUCAGUGGAAAGGGGAGGAAAAAAAUUACAAAUAUCUUUAAAGAGUUAUUGGAAAAGUCAAAAUAGUUUUAAUCUUUAUACCUGUUUGAGGACAUUUUAUAUACAGACUAAUAAAAUGCUGGAAACACUUGGGUAGCCAUGUUUUUCUUGCCAAGAGUGUUACUUUAUAACCUUUGUAUUUUCUUAGGGUUGCACUGAUCUCUUACCAUUCUUUGACUUAUAAAUAAAAUUACUUUGGCAAUUUUUUUUCUUCCAGUUGUCAUGUACUGUUUUAGGACAGAUCUAAUAGGAUCUGGGUGUACUGUAUCUUUUUAAAAGGCCAUCAAUAAUUAUUGGUAGUUAUUUAAACCGUAGACAAACACUCCUUUAUCAGAAACUCACAAUUUAAUAUUUGCCUGGAUCCCCUGCAUACUGUGUGAAGGUCGAGUGUGAUCACCUAGCAUGAUCAGCCUUAUACACACUCAGUCUGCACCUUUCUCAGUUCACUAAAGCUUGUUGCAGAUUCUCAUACCACACAGAGAUCUUUCUAGGAAUAGAAAGUGGGAACUAAUAUAUUUAUAGAGUUCAUGCACAUCGGCAGUAACUAUCAGUCUAAUGAUGCAGAAGUUGAACUUUCCUUGAUCAUUUGUCUGCUCAAAAGCUCUCAGUAUUUUAAAUGCAUCCUGAAUUCUUAGGCUGCAUCACUUUUAUGUGGCACUUCAAGCAUCUGAAAUGCAGUCCAAGUAGUUUUUGAUUUACGACCGAUUGCUUAGGGACCAUUCAAAGUUACAAUGACCUGAGAGAGAGAACUUCAAAUUUGAAGUUCUGACAGUCAGACCCCCUUCGCAGUCAUGUGACUGAACAGCUGUUCAGCAACAUGCUACCAUUUGCAGAGUUUGCAGAGUCUGCCCAUAGUGAACUGUGGUUUGCUUAAUGACCACAGCCUUCUCUUUACUGCCGUAAAAGGGUAAAAUUGGGCCUGUGAUCUAUUUUACAACUGUCACAACAAACGACUGUAAUGGACAGGCUCCAUUACGGUCGUUUGUCAGAGACUACCUGUAAUAGCACUAUAUGAUUUGCUUUUUAUGAUUCAGAAAAGCAAUCAUUUGCCAGUUGAUUUUAAGAAAGAAAGGGGAGAUAAUUGUGCAAAAUAAACUGGAAUCAAGUAUAAAUGAAGUUAAUAUUUUAAUUGUAAAACUAAAAAAAAAAGCUUUUGAACGGUUAUGCGCUCAAAAGCACAUAGAGUAAAACCAGGUGCUAAUUUGAGGCUGGAGCUGGAAAGUGAAGAGGCAUUUGUAUUUCCAAUGGCAAUGUUAUUUCAGUUCAUAGUAAGUUUCCAAGUUCAUUCUCUGAUUUUAGUAUUAAGUGGUUAGACAUGAGGACCUUACACUCAAAUAUUAACAGCUUUAAAAGAUGAGUCUAGAAUGUGUUUAUUGGGGUUACACCACUUAUAUAUUUUUGUUAUGAUUAAUUCAAGUGAUGCCUUGUUUAUUGUAAAAUUAUGUUACAUAUUCUGGAAGAAACAAGCUAUAGAACAGUUUACAUUAAUGUAUAAAAAUAACUAAAGAGAGAACAUAGAAUUAAAUGAAGUGCUAUAUAAUUAUAUUUCACCUUGAUGAUUUAAUUUAAAGAACGACAGCAUAUUCUUAUGUCAUAUACUUGAGUAAUUGAAAGGUACUCUUUCAUGCUUCAGAGAUUCAUUAUUUUGUUACUCAAGAAGAUGUACUUUUCAACUAGUAGACAAAAUAGGAGCAUUUUAACCAUGAGCUAUAAAGAUUCUUCUUUAUUGGUACAAGAUAAGAGCAUUGUCGCUUAACAUCAAAACAAACUAUAAACUAAUCUGAUGACAUCAGUCAGAUGCUCCCUUCCCACUGUAACAAAUGGCAGUUUGUUGGGGCUACAUAGAAGGUUUUGCAGUGUUUUGAAGUCCAUUAGCAAGAGCUCAUUUGGAAUGUGAACACAAUGUUGUUUGCUACUUAUUAGAAGAAGAGUAUCUACACAAUCAUAGCCUUCAAGAUGCAUGUCAUCUUGUGGAACCCCCUUUAAAUCUGUAGAAGAAUUGUUUCAGUUAUCCAGUAAACAAUGCUUAAAAUAAUUUUAUCAAAUUAUUUGUAUUCACAAAGCAUGAAAUACAUGCAACAACAUUUAUGACAAAAUCUGUAUAAAGAUUUCUCUUUAUAUACUUUUCUUCCAAAUUUAAUACCUUUGGAUGUGUUUACAUUGCAGUAUAAUUCUUAGGAGUCCCAGAUAGUUUGAUAAUACUUAGUGAAAAUUCUGACAAUUGUAAUCCUAUCACAUCUUGAGAGUGCUAGAUGGUAGGAGGCUGUCCUAGAAUGACAAUACAAAUCUGCACAACUUACUUGUUAGUGGGGCUAGUUCUAGUCACAUUUUAAGACAAGGAUCUGCAAUUUACUACCCUAUUGAGUUCUAUAUUCUAUACCUUGGGUGUCAAACUCGCCACGUCACGUGACAUGUGACAUAUCGUGACUCUUUUUGCAUUGCAGGCAAUGGGGUGGGCAUGGCUUCGGUAUGAUGAAACCGGCCCGCGAGCUGGCAGUUUGACACCCCUGUUCUAUACUGACAUAGUUCAGAUAUUCACUCAAUAACACCACUUAGGAAGACCAUCAGCCAGCUACAUUAGGAGGUACAGCAUAUCUCUCGCACAUUCUUGUAAGUUCUACUAGAAGCCUUCACUCUCCGCAAGGAAGACUCUUCAGACAUCAUCCCAGGUCAAUGUCUAAAAGAUGUUUGAGUUCCAAGUUGUUUUUUUAAGGUUCAAAGCCAGUAUUCCAGAAUCUGAUCCUUUUAGACUAUUUGUGUACCAUUUUUUCCAGGCCAAAGACCACACUUGGUCCUCAAGCAAGAGCUAUAUUUCAAACAUCAGUGAGCAUUUUUUAAAAAUGUGAUUUCUAUUUCAAUAAAAUUAAAAGCAAUAAAAUGGGAUAAAGAUCAAAUAAAUACAAUUACUAAGAUGACUACAGGGUGCAGGUGGCUAAAAUGGAAGAAAUGGGGGGAGUCAGAAACAGUCCCUUAUCUUACUGAGGCUCAGGGCUGGAAGCAAGCAAGCACAGAAUGGCUUGGACAGAUGGGAAUGGCCAGGAUUGCAGUUGCUAAGCGAUGCUGUCAUGUGAUCUCUCACCUUGCAACUGCAUCACUUAGUGACCAAUAUUCUGGUCCCAAUUACUGUCAUAUGUUGGGGAUUACUUGUAAUUACCUACACCUCUCAUCUCCACAUAUGUCUAACAAAGUUCUUUCUUGUUGCCCAAUAUCCCAUUACUAAUGCUUUAUCUAUUUGUCAAAUUAGUUAAAAUCAUAUGUACUAUAUGAGGGUUUUUUUUUUAAAGAUAGAAACUCGUACAAGUAGUCCUUAACUUAUGACCACAAUUGGGGCCAAAAUUUUCAUUGCUAAACAAGAUAGUUGUUAAGUGAGUUUUGUCCCAGUUUAUGGCCUUUCUUGCCACAGUUGUUAAAUCAAGGACUACCUGUACUAUAAAUUUAAAAUAGAUGUGGGAGGGAUAUUUAAGCUUGCAAAGAGGUUAAGAACUGUCAAUUAUUUCUGCAAAGAAAAUAAGAUUUUGGAAUAGUGAGUAAUUCCUAAUGUAUCUCGACUAUUUUAAAACACUGUAGUUAUUACUUCCAUAGUCAUACAAGUUACUCUCUUUAUACCAGAUGCUGCAAACAUGAAAAAAGUAUAAAAAUUAAUAUAAUAUGGGUUGUAUCCAAGUUAAUUAUAGAUGAUGAUCAUUAUCACAACACUAAAUAUCAGGGUUGAAGUUAUAACAUGGACAAAACAUCAUUUUCUGACAUAACAUUGGCAGAAUAUGUGCCAGUUUUCAGGCUGAAUCUUACAUUUAGAACUACUCAAUUUGGAAUCUUGGGCAGGAAUGCCUGAGAGAUUGAUCCAUAAAUGCAAAGGGAGGGUCAGUGGACAUACAAAGGUUGACUGGUUUGUCCCUCAGCAGCCACCGUUUCUGCCUGAUUUUAAAGUUCCCCCUUUACAUUUUUAAAUUUUUCCCCCUUUAAUUUUGCAGGAAGCUAUCAAUCGAGGGAUACUCAAAAGCAGACUGUGUCACUUGGAUCUAUAUUGAUUUAUUGGAUUUUUACUCAAUUAUAGAACAGGAAUAUGCCCCCUUCAAAACAUUACUAAACUCUGUUUCCUUUAUCCCUCAUCUUUGAUCCUACAGUAUGUUUCUGAGAAUUAUAGUUUACUUACAUCUGGAAAGCCACAGGGAGCGAGUUCUAGACAAAGGUAUAAUAAAAUAGCAUUGGUGGGAUGAGGGCUACAUUAAAAGAUAAUGAACUUGGUAUGCCCAUGUAGUAGGAAUAAAUCAUAUUCACUAGUAGGUAUUUUAAGUGUUCUCCAGCAUUUUAUAGUUUGCAUUUGGUAAAACAAUGCAGUUUGAUAACUCAGGCAUUCAGUGGAUUCUCUCUUGUAGAUCCAAAGCUGCAGUGUCGACAAGCAAUAACAAAUUACUUAGUUAUACUGUUAAUCAGUUCUAGUGCUCAUUAACAAAAUGUAUGUAAUCAUAAAUAAUGACUUAAUAACUGUAAUUUUUGCAAGUGCUGUUUUAAAAACUUGAUUUAGAAUCCGGGUGCAUGUUUGACACAGUAUGGCGGAGUGUUUGUCAUACUCUUAAUAAUAAACAACCUGAAUACCUUGUCUGGA